UUUUAAUUUAAAUCAAGUGUAGAUGAAAUGAAUAUUAAUGGGCAUUGGAUGACAGAUUUUUGGCGACAAGGAAUAAAAUAUAGUACAAAAGAUAAACAAUUUUUUGCUGGGCAAAAAUAUGGAAAAGCUAUUUACAAACCAAAUAGAGGAAUAUAUGGAGUUGAUUUACAUUGGGCUAAUAGAGUAGAGAAUGGCUACACUGAAAUUCGGAUUCCGCUUAACAAAGCAUAUAUUAUACAUGCUCGAGAUUAUUCUAAGUAUAGACUUGAUGGACGUAUUGAAGAUACAAGGCCUUUGGAAUUAAACUUUACAUCUUUUGUUCGUCGCUAUAAACUUUCGAGUUUAUUAAAUAAAUUACCCAAAUCUGAAGCUUUAACUGUUGAACUAAAUAAAUGUUUGGGAUUUAAUUCUCAAGGAAUGAAAGUUUUAGUAGACAAAUCAGAAAGUAAAUGUUGGAAUUAUCAUAAAUGUAAUAUUAAAAAAGUUAGGGCAAAUUGUUUUAAUGUUAAAAAUACUUGGAUUAAACUGCGUAAAAAUAAUCUUUUAAUUAAUAUUUUAAUUAAAAGUAAAUUUCAAAAAGAGGCUAUUUGUACAUAUUAA